AUGUCCUCCUCAACAUCUACGCAGAACAAUCUAUCUGUGGACAAUGUGGCUGGCUUAGCGCCCAUCCUCACUGAUGGCACCGUGAAACGAUUGCCGACGAAUGCGAAGGAUCGACUUUCCACCUACUCCAACGUCUCGUUCGCCUCACAAAAUCGUUCGCGCCCAGGCUCCCAUGUCUUCCCCAUAUUCCACACUAGUCUUCCGUAUGCCCUUGUACGGGACUUUGCCUACCCCUCGAUUCACCCUCUCCACUAUGGGCCUCCUCCCCCUCGCGCUUCCGGGGUCUCUACACCGGCAAGUGAAUACCGACGCUUGUCUGACCCGCCGACUUCAUGGGAUACCUCGCGGGGACCUUGGUCAACGGCUCAGUGGGGAAACGAAGCUACCAAUCAUGGCCACCAGCAGUUGCCAGCCAUGUCCUUCGGAGACGGUCCGCCAUAUAGCGAAGAUGAAGACUUGCAUAGCCCGGUAGUCACUUCCCGCCAUCGCAAACGGCUUACCGACAUGAAUGGUCUCGUUGAUGAGCGCGUUAUGUCCGGAAUUGGCCAGUCAGCUGGAAAUAAUGAUCGGGGAACACUCGUUGGGAUUAACGCUGACGGCAGUGAGACCUACUAUGUGAAUGAUGGAGAUAGCUCGGAUGACGGGCCAGGCGGGGAGUACAUAACAUAUCCGCCAAAUGAGGGCCGGUAUUCUAUGAUGGGAUACAGUGCCCCGAGCGGCCAACAGAGUUAUGAACAUGACCCCGGCUUUGAGUCCGAAGAUGAAAUACCAGGUGGAGACCGGUACUCCAAUGACUACCAGUUUGCCGUCGGCUGCCCGGACGAAGAAAUGCACGGAAAAGCUGUCGCACUGUUCGACUUUACCCGAGAGCACGAGAAUGAGCUUCCUCUUACUGAGGGCCAGGUGAUUUACGUUUCAUAUCGGCAUGGCCAAGGUUGGCUGGUUGCCGAAGACCCCAAAACAGGCGAGAAUGGACUCGUCCCAGAAGAAUUUGUGCGGCUCUUACGAGACAUUGAAGGAGGUCUAACAUCGCUGAAUGGAGAGGGUCUCGAGGUCACCGGAUCGAGCGCAGACACCAACGAGUCUGACCAACUUUCCACCCCAACCCAGACCGAGCGACCUUCGUUGGGCGGAAACACUUGUCAGUCUGAACCCCAGAAUACAAAUGGCAACACUCUUGUCACUUCAACGGAAAGCGCAAGCUCCGAACCCGCCUCAGCUGAAACAGUCUCAGACGCCGGCAAACGCAACAGCAAGUCGACCAAGACCUGA